CUCCCUCCCCUCUUGAACGCUCGCGCGGCACACAGAGAAAGAAAGUAGACGGAGGGCGCAGAGAAACUUCACCGACUCUUUCACACGGCGGAACACAGAGAAGACCGAUACUUUCGUCUUUGGUGGCAGAUAUGAAACGACUUUUAAUUCCUCUGCUUUGGCAAUCACGCUCACUUCUGGAUAUAGAUUACUUUAUGGAGAUGCACUUUACUUGAUCUUGAAGCGUUUGUUUUCACUACGUCUGCUGGGAUUUUAAGUUUCUCGGUUGGUACAGUUGGGAGAAAAAAAAACAUGCCGGAAAAAAUAAGUAUUUCGGAUUUCGUUUCUUUGGCGAAAGAGGACCUAUCGUCCCCGGUAAGCUCUGGAUUUCAGUCUAAAAUGAGCGACUGUCGGAGCACCGUGGCCGCGCUCGAAGAGUCUCUAGAGCUGGACCAGAUGUCCCUACAGAGGAUGAAGAAAAUUGUGAAAGCCAUCCACAUCUCUGGACUCAGUCAUGUGGAAAAUAAGGAACAGUACACAGAGGUUCUGGAGAAUCUGGGGAAAAGUCACCUGAUGCAGGAUAAUAACGAGAUCUCCACAGGCUUCCUGAACCUGGCCGUGUUCACACGAGAGAUCGCAGCACUCUUCAAGAACCUGGUGAAAAACCUGAACAACAUCAUUUCUUUCCCUCUGGAGAACCUGCUAAAGACUGAGUUGAGAGACAGCAGGCAGGAGCUGAAAAAACUGAUGGAGAAAAGCUGGAAGGAUUAUGAUGCUAAAAUAGGCAGGCUGAAGAAAGAAAGGAGGGAGACACAGAAACCGUAUGGAAUGAUCCGGUUGGAAUCAACAGACACAGCGGAGGACAUGGAAAGAGAAAGAAGGAACUUCCAGCUCCAGAUGUGUGAGUAUUUGCUGAAGAUUCAGGAGCUGAAAGUUCGACAAGGUCCAGAUCUGCUGCAGAGCCUGAUCAAGUACUUUCAAGCCCAACUUAAUUUUUUCCAGGAUGGACUGAAGGCCGCUGAGAAUCUGGGUCCAUUUGUGGAGAAGUUAGCAGCCUCUGUACAUACGGUUCGUCAUGAGCAGGAUGAAGAAGUAAAACAGCUGUCUCAGUUGCGCGACUCACUUAGAACACAACUACAGGUGGAUGGCAAAGAGGAUUUUCUAAACGGGAAGAACUCUGGCCAUGGGUAUAGCAUUCACCAGCCUCAAGGCAAUAAGAAAUAUGGCACAGAGAAAUCUGGAUUCCUUCUUAAGAAGAGCGACGGGAUCAGAAAGGUUUGGCAGAAGAGGAAGUGUGGGGUUAAAUAUGGCUGUCUCACCAUUUCACACAGCACGAUCAACAGACCACCCGCAAAGCUCAACCUCCUGACAUGUCAGGUGCGGCCCAACCCUGAGGAAAAGAGAACAUUUGAUUUAGUUACACACAAUCGUACAUACCAUUUCCAGACUGAGGACGAACAAGAAUGCAUGAUAUGGGUGUCCGUGCUGCAGAAUAGUAAAGAGGAGGCCUUGAACACGGCUCUCGGAGGAGAUCAGCUUCAGUUUCAGGACAGUGGUCUGCAGGAGCUUGUCCGAGCUGUGAUCUCAGGCCUGAGAAACCAGCCAGGCAAUGAAGCCUGCUGUGACUGUGGAGCCCCAGAACCCACCUGGCUCUCCACUAACCUGGGCAUUCUCACCUGUAUCGAGUGUUCAGGAAUCCAUCGUGAGCUUGGAGUACAUCACUCACGAAUUCAGUCUCUCACUCUUGAUGUGCUGAGCACAUCUGAGCUCCUGUUGGCAGUGAGCAUUGGAAAUGCCAAGUUUAAUGACAUCAUGGAAGUCAACCUGCCCGAUGAUGCAGUCAAGCCCCUCCCAAAAAGUGACAUGACAGCAAGGAAGGAGUACAUUGUAGCGAAGUAUGCAGAGCGACGCUACGUCCUUCCAAAAGAACACACUGAAGCGUACCACGUCUAUGACACUGUGAGCAACAAAGAUCUGACGUCACUGCUGCAGCUCUAUGCAGAGGGAGAGGACCUGUCCAAACCUGUGGCUACACCUGACAGACAGGACCUGAAGGAGACCGGUCUUCAUUUAGCCGUGCGCAUGUCUGAUAAGACUUCUUUGGCUCUGGUGGAUUUUCUAGCUCAAAACUGUGGCUGCCUGGAAAAGAAGACCGCAGAAGGAAACACAGCACUUCAUUACUGUGCGUUAUACAACAAAUCAGAGUGCUUGAAACUUCUGCUCAAAGCAAAGGCUGUUUUAAACACAGUGAACUCGGCGGGUGAGACAGCUCUAGACAUUGCCAAGAGACUGCAGCACAUGCAAUGUGUCGAAUUGCUGGAAUUGGCCCACAGUGGGAAGUUCAACUCUCAGAUCCAUGUUGAAUACACAUGGGAGAUGCCACAGGACAUGUAUGACAGCGAAGAUGACUUGGAUGAAAGGGUGAGUCCCCAACUUAAGGGCUCGCGGUCUCCGCUGCUUCCUACUGGCAGCAAUGGGCACUGCUCAGCUGCAUGGAAUUUAAAUAAAGGCAGCUUGUCCACGACCUAUGAGAACAUUGACUUCCUAUAUCAAAAUCCACCCAACAACAGUGCCCCUACUAAUAACUACAUGCCUCCUCCCCUGCCAGCUAAAGCAAUACAAAGAGGUUGUUCAGAUCCUCAGAUCUCAGGUUCCAUUCCAGAGACUCACGCCCCCUGCCGUCAGAGAUCCCACCCCACCGGAUGCUUUCAGAGAAUCAGCACUUCGUCCCCUGGACCAACACCUGCACGCUCUCAUAGCUCUGUGGGGUCGAAAGGACAUAGACAGACAUUGUCCUGGGAGGGACAACUUUUCUCAGGGGCCGAGGGCAAAAAUCACUCCACCUCACCACAGAGUCAGAGAGGACCUGUCAGUUCAGAGAAGACGACCUCAUAUCGCCGCACGAGCAGCGGGAGUCAAGGAAAGAGUUCGACCCCGUCUCCAGGGUGUGCAGGCAGUCAGGAGGAACUCUACUGCAGUCCAGUGGGCGGGGCUCCCAACCCUGCUCCUCCCCCAGCGAAUGCUAACAACAGUGCCACAGUGCCAAUCAUACUGCCGCCACCUCGCUCACGCAAAAAUGCCAUGAUCUCAUUAAAGGAGAGACCCAAAAAGGUCAGAGCAUUAGUUGACUGUAGAGCAGUUGAUGCCAAUCAGCUGGCUUUCUUUAAGGAUGAGGUCAUCAUAGUGACAGCAACUGAUGACCAACACUGGUGGGUGGGCCAUGUAGAAGGAGAACCUUCUAGAAGUGGCUCUUUUCCAGUCAACUAUGUACAUAAAUUAGGAGAAUGAGAUGAACCUCCAUGAACACUUGCAUUACAUUACACCAUAUGGAACUAGUCUAGACUGUUGCUUUUAUCUUCAGAGCUGCUAGACCUAGAAGCUGUGGAGGCUUGAGAAGAUCAGACUCUUCCACGGCAUUAGUGUGGAUGUUGUAAGAUAAUCCACUGAUCCAUUUCAGCGCUGCAUGUAAUGUAUCUCAGCUGUUCUGAAGGUUUGGCAGGUACAUCAUGAAUGACUGGACUUGGAAUGGACAGAAGACAGAUGAAAGCUGUCCAGCUUUUAAAACUUCCUGGCUGUGUUGUUUAAACAAACAGCAUCACUUGUUUUUAUUGAUAUUGGCGUUGAGGCAUUUGGACAAACACUUGGACUUCGAGGUCUCUUAGAGAUUGUCAUCCAGACUUUGAGGCACUGGGCUCAUUUACUGAAGCUCAUCCUGUGGUUGAUUCAGUUGCUCGGUCAUCUCUGGAUGAUUUUAAUGACAUGCCAUUAGUUCUGGCUAGACACCAGGUCCUCCAGACAGAGUUAAAGGAUGAUGUAUUUGGUUUCAUCUCUCUUCUCUGCACCGACGUCUCCAAUUGCUGCUGAUUCCCAGACAUCCAGUCUUGCACUGGAAGAUAAAACAACUUGCAACAUUCAGAAUGAAGACUUCUAGAAUCCAGGAUGUGAAUAUCAAAUUACAAAAAUGUUCAAAAUGUUUUGACUGCAGAAUGUCCCAGAAAGUUUAAUUCAGUAUUUCAAGGCAUAGGAUCAUCAACUUACCCACAGGACAGGCACUGUUAGGCCUUACAGAGCACAGAAAAACAUGCAAACCACUGCCACAUAGUUCUUUUCAUAGUUUAGGUAGCCUACCUGUGUUUUGGUAGCCUAUUAUUCCAUUUCUUUGUUUGUAAAAUUCUAUAUUAAAACAUCUCUUUUCAAGUGUCCAUAUUCUAUGCUAAUGUUUAAAAAUCUCUGUUAGCUUUGCACUUGCCAUCCUUGCUAAGUGUCUCAUCUGUCUGUAUUGUUAUCGGUCAGCAUUCAGUUUUUAUUCUAAUGGGGUCUUUCUCCAGACUGAGGUGGCUUGUCUUGAACCAGCAGACUGUAUAAAUGUUUGAUGAACUGAAAGUACACAACAGAUGUUUUCCCUUCUGCCAUCUGAUUGACUUCUGUGAAGCAUUUUUCAGGCAGAGAUGAAUGUAUGCAUGUUGGUUCAGCUGACUUUGUGUUUUAGGAAAGCUAAAGGUAAUGCUGCGUGUAGAUUAUGCUUGUGAAAAUGAACCAUUUUGUAUCACUAUAACUACUUAUAUUAUUGAGAAAUGUAACAUCCAGUUUGUUUAAAGCAUUUUUUUUUCCCUCGAAGAUAUUAUUUAGCGUCUAUUUACAAGAAUGAAAAAUGACAAUUAAAUAUUUGCUAAUUAUAAUCACGUGUUGUCUCUUAGAUAAUCAUGCAAUAUAAUACAAAACCUUUGUUCUGACUGUGAUCAUAGUCUAGCCAUUAAAGUGUUUUAUUAUUACAGAACAUAUUGCUCAUAAA